CAGAAAUCGUGAGUAAAUUCGAGCGAAAAUUAAAAUAUUCAGCAUGUGACACAUGGUGAAAGACUAAGCUGCUAGUGUACAUAGUAUUGUCGUUAUGAAUCGAUUGAGAAAUGAGAUUAGAAGAUAUGUGAGAGAAAUUGAAAAUGUUCUGAAACAUCCUAAAACUACGGAAGAGGUUACCCGCUGUAUCGAGGAAUUUUACAAAAUAACAGUCGGUCAUAAACCCACUAUUCAAACCAAAUUCAAAGAUAUCUGCUUUGUCCGAGAAGUUUUCUUAUCAGAGUUUUAUCCAACCAUUCUUCAUGUCCUCAUUCAAACUUUAAAGGUGGAAUGGUUCUCAAAUCCAGAUCACAAACGUUUGUCGGAAGUGUUUGACAAAUCUUUCACCGACGGUGAUGCUGCUGGGGCCUUCACUGUUCUUAUCAGGAGUGUUGAUAACCUAGAUGUUAGUUUUAAACUGAAUAAAUGUGUCUCCCUUUUGGAAAAGUUCCUGGAUGAUCAUGGACUAUUCCAAAUAAUCCAGACAGCAUGUAAAACUGCUCCAGAUAGCAGUCUGGAUUUUGUUUUGGAAGACCUCAUUAGUUUGAUUGCCACUCUACCAGACAAGACAGCUAACAAACUACAGCUCCAGAACAGCGAGAAGUUCUACCCCCAGCAGUACAUUCCCUUGCUAUGUGAUGAGAUGAUGCAAGUAUUGAGGAACCUGCACCAGAAAAUUUACAGUAGUCAAGACAUACACUUGGAAUUUGUUAGCCGAGUGAUUGGCAAAGUCUGUGUCUCAGGACAUGCAGGUACUGUAUGUGAGUCAUUGGUUCCUCACUUGGAGCGGGCAGUACGGGAGGAUUACAUCUGGUGUCGUAUAACAGAGCGCAUUGUCACAGGAGUACCUGAUCGAUGUCUAGAGUGUACCCUCACAUCUCUCCUCUCCAAAAUCACUUGGUAUGGAUUAGUGGAGAUGUUAAUUGGAGGGAGUGUGACAAAGAAACCGAAAAUCCAGUACUUGCUCUGUACCAAACUUAUAUUUCACAGACAUUCACAGGAGAUACAUUUGCUUCAAAAUAUUAUGGGAUACCUAGGAUCGUCUCACACCAGAAAGCCAUUGUUUAUUAAGGUGAUGAGGGAGCUUCUUACUGUAUGGGCAGACAGUAGUGCCGUAAGACACACCUCAGUAGAACAACACCUCUACAUCACCAAGGCUUUGUUAAUAGGUCUGGGAUUUCUCAAAGAAUCGGACAAAGCUGGAAUCAGAGAUGAUUUCCUGCAGCUUUUGAUGCCUGGAAUACAGUGCCAUAUAGGGAGUUCUGAUCAAAAAGUUCGUAUUAUAGGCAUGGUAUUAGCUGAAAUGAUGUCUGCUAUUUUAGAUCCUAAAGGCCAACAGUUGAAAUUUGAGUUUCCAAGGGAUGAUGAAGUGAAUUAUCUCGUUUCACUUACGUUACCACCAGAAGAUCCAGGAUUGCAGAACUUGGUGAUGGAGAUGAGCAGUGUUCAUAUCACUCCAGUUCUUGAUGAUGAGGCAGGUUUAAAAACCAAACCAAAUGACAUAGAUCAAGGCUGUCUGAAUAUUGAACCUGAUUUAGAUAGUGAUGACGAUCUUGUACCAUAUGAUAUGUCAAAUGACACCGAAUUCACAAAGGUCAAACAGCCCAAGUACAUCCGCGAAUGCAUGGAAGGUUUGAUAAACACAGACGAACCAAACAGGUUAGAAAUGUAUCUUGGUGUCACAGAAGCCUUAAUCAGGAAAAAUCCUGAUGGACUUACAGAAAUAGCUGAGGAGUUUACCAAGAUCCUUCUCCACCUUUCUGACAGACACUCCUUGAAAGAUUUUGUUUCCCUGAGGUUUAAAUCUUUGGUAGCUCUUGCUGUACAAGCACCUAAACAGGUGUCCAGAUACCUGACAUCACAGUUUUAUGAAAGGAACUACAACCUCAGUCAGAGACUCGAUAUACUGGAGGUCCUUGGAGCAGCUGCCCAAGAGCUCUCGCAACCAGUAGAUUCUAAACAGUCAAUGGAACAGGAGAGACUGUCAUAUAAGUUAGCACCUACUGACUCUGGACAUUCAAGUGAUGGCUGGAGGGAGAUUGUAAAGCAAAGAGUCGAAAGCAAAACCAGGAGAUUUCCAAAAGGAGCUACAAAAGAAGUAGUGGCUACCAAAAACAGGUUUGGAUUGGUGGCUGGAUGCUUUUUCUAUCCCCUUAUGGCCAACUUUGACAGAAAGGAAAAUACUUUUGAUAUGAUGGGAGAAGACAGUCUUAUUCUGGCCAGACUUGUGUACACCUUAGGUGUCAUUAUAUAUGCAGCCAUCAACACUCAGGCUGUUAAACAGAUGGCAAACAGGCUACUUGAAUUUCUCUGGAUCAUUAGAUUCCAUUCUGAUGUGAAGGUGCGUCAUGCAGCAUUAUUUGCCAUUUCAAUGGUGAUUUUGUCAGUCCCAGGACAUAUAUUAUUGGCAGAUUUACAAAGUGAAGUCAUGGAAACCAAGCGCUGGUUAGAAGAUGUGAUGGAGAGAGAUGUAAAUACAGAAUCAAAGAAACUGGCAAUACAGAGCUUGGUACUUCUCGAAAAUGUCAUCAAACAGGAGUUUACAAAAGGAGCUAAUCUUACAUGAGACAGCAAGAUAACAACAAGUUAUGACCUUUGUCCUUGAAAUAAUCCUUAACACCGACAACUGUCAGAAAUGAGAAAGAAAACUUUCACAGAGGAUUCUAUUUAACAUGAUAAUUUGGAAGCACCAAGUUACAUGCAGAGAGGAUGUGUGGAAACAUCUCCUUGGAGAGUUUUGAUCACCAGAUACAGAGAGAGUUUUGAUCAGAAAGAGAGGGGGUCUCCAUUACAGAGAUAUUAUAAAAUUUCUGCUGUAACUAUUCUCAUGAACAAUUUUAAGUGACUUGUUUGUGCAUUUUCCAUUAUUUUUAAUUUCAAUUAAAUUUACCAUUACAUAAUUAAUUGCAUAGUUGUUUUUUGUACAUGAUAUUCAACAUGAUAGAAUACAUGCAUCUGUUCAUGUUUUGUUUGAAGAGAUUAUCUAAACAUCUAAACCAAUCUUGUAACUAAAAUAUGUAGCAUCGAGAGAGCAAUUAAGUUGAAUAUUUUUGAACUAAUCUACUGCAGAAAACGUGAAAGUAAUAAAUACUUUGUAUAUUAAUAAUUACAUAGUACUAUUAUUUGUGGAAAAAACAUUAUGUACAUAUUUAGGUUUUUAGCUCACCUGAACUCAAAGCUCAAGUGAGCUAUUCUGAUCACAUUUUGACCGUUGUCCGUCUGUCUGUGUCCGUCUGUAAACUUUUUACAUUUUGAACAUCUUCUCUAAAUCGCUUGGCCAAUUUCAACCAAAUUUGGCACAAAGCAUCCUUAUGGGAAGGCGAAUAUAAAUUUCAGAAAUAAAGGCCGAUCUUUAUUCAAAGCGGGAGUAACCUAGAAACUGUAGAAAAAGGGGUUCCAUUUCAAAACAAUCCUCUUCUCAAGAACUACUGAGUCAAGUUCAACGUUAUUUAACAUAAAUAAUCCUUAUGGAAAGGAAAAUAUAAAUUGCAAAAAUGUUAAGCUAUUGCUGUGUCAAAUCUGAGUUAUUACGAAAAUAAUACAUUGUAAUAAAGGAAAGGCGAGUUUCAAUCAAUUUAUAGCUUCAAGUUCGGUAUUCCAUACGAGUCGUGGUGAAAUGGGUAAGCAAACCCGGGCCGGGACAAAAUAAAAACAGAUCGAGAUUUUUCAAUUAUCCAAUGUCAUUUAAAUUUUAAGGAUAUGUGUCAGACCGGUAUAUUUGUAUUCGCUGUAAAUAUUGAUAGACAACAAUGCGUAUUUAGGAAUUUAUUGACGAUUGUUGAUUUCCAAGUUGGUAAAAUGGGUAGGCAAACCCGGGUCGACAUUUUACGGGUUUUUGGACUUAUUUAAGAAUUAAUAAUUCAUGUUUAAUUCCAUACUUCUAAAACGAGGUUUUUUGUUUAAAGCAGCCAUGACUUAUGAUAAACGGGUCGAUCUGAGAAAGAUGAAUUUGUUUGUUGUGCAACAGUUCGCGUGCGAAGGGAAUCUUCGAAACAUGCAAAAUACAUUGGUGCCGAUUUUGUAAAGUAAAUUGAGGUUAAAUAUUUCAAUGCGUUGACAGUUUUCACAUGACGGUGGUGUUAGCUUGUUUUGAUUUUCGUUUCGUUUUUUGGGAGUUGAUUUUAAUCAACUCUCCUAUGCAGUUAAUCAGACAAACCGAAAGUGAAACAGUGUUUGGACCUCAGCACAAAUCAUCACUGCUGACAAGACUUAGUUCUUGAAAAUGAUUGAUGAAUUCGAUGUAAUGUAUGCUAAAGCAUUGUUUUUCAAGGAAACUUAUUUAUAAAUACCUUGAAAAUAGUCAGAUUUUAAAUGGUACAAUGUACGAAUAAUUUAAAUAUUUUUUGUAGUCGUAUGUAUUCCUACGCCAGAGUUCAAUAUAGCCUCGUUCAAGGUAUCACACCGGUAAUCGGCCAAUCAAAAUGAACUUGUCAAUUGUAGUUCCAUAUAUACUUCAGAAUUAUUUUUUUCCUUGACUGCAUUUUUACAUUUUCCUUUACUCAGUUAUAAAAAAUUGUGUACCACUGAGUAGGAUAUUUCAUGUAUUUUGUUAGGUGAUGAUCUUUUUUCACAGGGACUACUUCUUUCAGGGCACAUGCAGCAGCUUCCUGGGGAGUGUGCAGUCUGUUUAAAUACAAAUGGAAAACACGUGGUUUUGAGGGUAGACCUGUUUGGAGCUAGAUAUUUUGAGAAAACGCAGGUUCGCUUGCCCUUUUUAUGGUGUUAGCUGAUGAGAUAGGUAACAAAUAACAUUUCCUCCGAAUAUUUUGUCAUGAGGAAUACAAACUGAUUUUUAAGAAUGUUUUCCCCUCUAUAGUGCUAUAUAGUGAAAACAAUUACCGGUGUGAUACCUUCAACUGGACGCUAGGCUGUCUCCGUAAAUGCUUGUCGGAGAUUUACGGUGUCAGCCGAGCGUUUGGUUGAACGAGACUAGAGUUCAAUAUUGCUUGGAUCCAUACAAUUUUUUAGAAAUAUUUUGUAUUACUAAUACAUAGUUUGAUUGAAUUAAUUUUACUCUAACUAUUAUUUAACAUGAUUCAUAUAGGGGGUUCUCGACAUUCUUGUCGAAAAAGUCCAAAAAUUCAUAUUAUAAAAAUGUGCGUAUUUCAAAUACAAAUUAGAAACUACAUGUACUUGUCAAGCAAAAUAACAUAUCAUUGAUUUUAAGAUAAACAAACAUCGACAAAAUCAACUCCCGUCAGUUCUUCAGUACUUUGAUUAUUAUUAAUGCUUUGUAACCAGGGAACUAUUGCCUUUGUUUUGUAAUAUUUACGUAUCAAAUUAAACAGAGACCUCGGUAAUUCAGACAGUUGACUGUUUACCUGCGCACAUUUAGCAAAAUCGGAUGUAUAACAAAGUACUAAAAUACAGUUCAUUCUAUCGAUAAUUCGGUAUGAUCUUUUGCGUAAUGGUUGAUUAAUACAAUGUGUUUUUUAGAUGCUCGGCAUUUUCUUGAGUUUAUACAGUUUAAAUAGAGUUUAAUAUCGCUGACGGUAAUAUGUAGUAUAGAUAUAUGAUCCAUUUUGAAAAAUAAAUUGUGCUCUUUAUUUGUUAUAGUGCAUGUUUCUUAUGUUUAAUUGUUUACAAUUUCUAUUUACUAACCAUAUUUGACUGUCAAGCUUCGAAUUAUAAGCAAGUUACAGAGCUUUGCUCACAAUUGUAGUUUGUACACAGAUCUGAGGCAAUCUUUUGUUUCCAUUUUUAAUGCUGAAUAGGAAAUACCCAAGUUAAAAAUCUUCAGCUGAAUGUAAUAAACUCAUGUGAACAAAAUAUGACUCAAACCUAGCAGAAUCGUGAGCUCUGUAUCUUGCUAAUAAUUCUACGAUUUACGCCGAAAUUGUUGAUCAUUAGAAAUGUCUAGCUAGACGUUGAAUACUUGUACAAAAAUUUAAAAGAUGAUAUGCUGUAACUACUCCCUGGGGGCUCCACUUUAUACAAUGAAUAAUAUGAAAUCUACAUCAAUUUUGAUAGUUUUUUAGACACGAGUAAAUAAAAACGUCACCGUUAAAACAGUUUCCAUCGUUCUUGUACAUUUCUGUUGCGGGGAUAAAGGAAUAAUCGCUAUUCCUAAGAAAAUAUUCAACGGAAAAUUAUCCUGGUUUGUAGCCAUUUGUUAUUUUUGAAUAAAGAUGAAAAUAAUGGUUGGGCCUUAAUAAGAUAGAGUGAUAUGCCUGCCAAUACAGUGAUUUUUAUAGCUCUUUAGAACGAAAUAUAGGGAUUUGGAAGUUAACAGUGUACCCCUACCAAAUGUUUAGUUUUAUAUCUUCCGUAGGUUUUUCUUAUUCUCGGUAAAAAUAGUAUUCCAUAAAGGUACAAUGUCAAAAAUUAUGUGUUGGCAAAAAAUUUCGAUACUUAACAAUAUUUAAUUUUUGUUAUUCUAUCGAGGGUCAAAUAACACAAUAUCUUUUUAACGCCCAUUUAAAGUCAUUGUUGCUCAGGUAAGCGAUGUGGCCCCAUGGACCUCUUGUUUAUAAAAUGAAAUGUUGACACGUCCGACAAUAGUCUUUGAACCUUGGGCUAGUAACUUUGUUAAAUUUGUAAUUGCACACCCCAGGCGUUUGUUUUUUUUUAUAUUUAAAGCUGACAUGAAUUAAUAAAUAUGUCACGGUGUGAAAUUCAGUCUUUCGGACUGUUUUUAAUUAUUGUGUAAAUUUUAACUUUUUUUCGGACUUUGUGUUAAUUGUUACAAAAACUUUCCCUCUAUUUCAGCAACUGUUUUAAAAACGUUUCAAAUUCCACGUAGCCUUAAUCCCACCUGAGGCAGAAUCGGUGAUGGACAGCUAAUCUUUUAAUUGACUUCUAUUUAUGUUUAUUGACACUUCUUUCAUCUUAUUAAUCCUUUUAUAUAAUUAUGUAUAUGCUGCUAAAAUGUCAUGAAUUACUCAAUAGCUGUUCUUUAAUUGAUUUUCUUACUUCUGUACAUAUUAUGUUAAUCCUUCAUUGUGUUAUUCCAUUUGUCAUUAUAUAUAAUUCUGAAUUGUAAAAUAUGGUCAGUUGGAAUCAACCUUCGGUACUGAUGCAUACCAAACUCACGUAAAUGUAUAUUUCAUGUAAAGUCUAUAUAAAAGUCUGAAAACUAAAA